CCUUCAUCUUAGCAAAUGGCAUUUAGUAGAAUGACAUAAUGUUAUUAAAUGUUGUUGUAGGUUAUGUUGUCUAUAUUUAGUAAAAAAUGUAAUUAGUAACUUAAAUUAGUCGUUAUAGUGGUUUUAAACCAAAAAUGACCACCUCACCCACCAGGACCAAGCAAAAGUUGUCCCUGCGGAAACGUUUAUUCGUGAAGAAAUCACCAAAAGUUGGCUGCUAUGUCGAUACGGAUUCGAACGAAGAAUUCAGUCAGUCAAGCUCUCGACCUAUGUCUCCUGCAGAUCCUUUUAUAGCACAAAGUGCACAUGCCUCUAAUACAAGCAUUGAUCAUGCCCAAAAUCGAUCCAACAAUACAGAUGUUAUAAAUGAUACAGUAAAUCAAUGUUCAAAUAAAAGUAGUAAUGACGACGAAAGCAAUUCGAAAUGCUGCAAAACAUUCUUCAGGAGGUCUCGACCGAAAAGUCUAGUAGAAAAUCACGCAAGAAAUGAAUCUAUAUCAAGACCAUCAAGCCCUAUAAAUGAUUCUAGUAAUAAUAGUUUAAGUGAUCAAACCGUAUCUCAAACCAAAAGUGAUGAAAUACCUAAAGUAACAGUAAAUUUUCCUAAAUCUGAUGACAGCAAAAAGCCCUUUGAACAUUCUGGGUCUUUUGAAGGAAUUAAACCUAAAAGUAAGUUAUUCGUUAAAAGACUUUCAGCAGACCAUUUAAUAUCAAAUGAAUCCAAACCACUGUACCAAUCAUCGUCACCCGAGAGUGAUAGAAGCAAUUCCCUGGAUCGUAAAAGAAGGAGUAAGUCAACAAUCACACAUUCAGCUUCAAGAGCUGGAAGCACGGACAGCUUGGCUCGUAAUUCCCUGCUUGCUGCACAGGUGCUUCGUCUGAUACCCACUCAAGAGGCACGGCAAAGAAAUUACUUGUAUGGGAGACUAGCAUCUCAUUCCUUGCUUGGCGCUGCAGAGUUAGAACAUGUGUUUCCAGAUAGAGAAGUGAAAAUAUUUGUGGGUACAUGGAAUAUGAAUGGCCAAGCACCACCGAAAGAAUUAGCAGAUUUUAUAUUUCCAAACGAAGUGAAGCAUGUUCCUGAUAUAUUCGCCAUCGGCACUCAAGAGUCAUACUCCGAAAGGACAGAAUGGGAGAUUACUAUACAAGAAGUUCUGGGACCUUCGCAUCUUCUGCUACAUUCUUACUAUUUAGGAACAAUACAUCUAACAGUAUUCGUGAGGAGGGAUCUCAUCUGGUUUUGUUCGUUACCAGAAGACGCUAGUUUGUCAGUCCGUCCCGGAACAGCGUUCAGGACUAAGGGUGCCGUAGCCAUAUCGUUUGCUCUAUUCGGCUCGACGUUUCUGUUCGUGACAGCACAUUUGACGGCACACCAGGAAAAAGUUAAAGAGAGACUGUCGGAUAUAAAGAGGAUCAUCAGAUCUAUUGACCUACCAAAGAAUUUGCCCUGCAGGCAUCGGAGUAAAGAUGUCACAAAUAAUUUUGAUUAUGUCUUCUGGUGUGGUGACCUAAACUUUAGACUCGGUGAACCAAGAGCAGCCGUUCUGAGAUGGAUAGAACAAACAAAAUUCCCUCUACCCCCUCACCUACCUCACGGUCUGCUACAUGCGGAUCAGUUGACAGCAGUGCUCGAAGAUGGCGCCGCCUUUAGGGAUUUCAGAGAAGCUCCGAUUACCUUUCCACCGACUUAUAAGUAUGACCCUGGCAGCCAACAAUUUGACACGUCAAGUAAGCAACGCGCCCCGGCCUACACCGACCGGAUAUUGUACAAGGCAAGGUCCAUGGGCGCCAACACUUCCGCCUUCUCAGGUCUCCGUCGUAUAAGCACCGUUCCAUGCUCCGGGCUAAAGUGUGUGGCGUACAAUUCUGUGCAGAGCGUUCUAACAAGCGAUCAUAAGCCAGUGUGGGCUUUAUACUCCGCGGCUCUGAGACCAGGGACCGAUGUUGUGCCGCUGGCAGCUGGACUGUUCAACCGGGAAGUAUACCUCGAAGGCAUCAAGAGAAGACGAGCUCUGUUGGAUCACGCGCCCGGUACUUCAGCCAUAUGUAAUAUACAGUAGAUUAAAUACAUGGCAGAAAUAAUACGAUCAGGGGUUUAAUGAAAUUAAAAAAAAUAUAUCACAGAUAAAAGUCUGUGGAUCGGAUUCUAGUCUGUGGAUUGUUUUGAUGACACAAACUAUACAGAUACAUUAAAAUAUUGAUUAUAAUGAUUUGCUCAUCUGACAGAUAUUAAGUAUUUUAACAGCGGUAUCCAAAGAAGUAUUAUCUGUUUUUGACAGAAUAGUCAAUAUUUGACAGUAUUAUAUAUUUUAAAUAUAUUAAUUGAUUAUUACUGAACAUUAAUUUAAUGGUUCACGUAUUUAUUGUUUAUUUAUCAAAUAAAAUUCGGUUAUUUUAAUGAAGAUGAAAUCAGUAGUGCACAAAUUUUCUACUCGAAUGAAUUACAUAAUUAUAUUUUAUUUUAUUAUUUUUUUAAUUUGUUAUUUACUAUACCAAAGAAUAUUAUUUUGUUGUCUAUGUUUGAAUACAUUUUUGAUGUUAUACAAUUUUAUUUCACGGUAAGGUUUUGUUGUUGUGAUAUAGAAUAUUUUUUUUCCUUUACAUCCUGCGUGAUAUUCUUGUUAAUUUAUCAUUCUUAAUACAAAUUAAUUGUAUUAGGAAUGAAUAUCACGUAGAAUGUGAUGAAUGUCCUAACUCUAGUCAAUAGUAAUAAAAUAGUUUUUUAAUCGUUACCUUUCAUAUGUACUCGGCUUAAUACAUAAGUAUGUCUUAGCCCCAAUGUCACGUCGUGUAACUAUGUAGAUGUAUUUUCUAUUAUCCUAUUUUUACCUCCGGGGCCAAUAUUCCUAUGAAAAGACAUUUUUCUGCUAAUAACAUUUCUUUUUUUAUUUAAUUUUUUGGAUGUUUUACUGUGGUUCGUAGCUUCUUAUUAAUUAGAUUUGCUGUUGCUAUGAGUAUUGUAAUGUAUGACUUAUUGCUGUAACUUAGAGUUUAAAUUCCAUUAUCGAUUAUGUAUACUGUAGUAUUAUUUAUAGGAAAGAAAUUAAGUUUUCUAGCACAAUUUUUUAUUAACAUUUUUUUUUGUAUAACCGUAAAUACUUAAACAAAGGAUGUAUAUUUUUCUAGGUCUAGUCAGUGUUGCUAGUUGUAGCGUAACUUGUUGUUGAGGUAAUUUCAUAUAAAAUCGACAUACAGUUUUUGUAUGGAGGUCAUCAUUUUAAUAUACUUGGAAAAUGAAAUUAAUUUUUAAGAAUCCAUCUUAUGUGAUCACACCAGCGGGCCCGCCCACUACAUGAUAUAUCUAAAUAUAUAAAGUAUUCUUUUUCAAACUUAUAUUCAUAACUAUUAAAUUUAAACCUUAAUAUAGAUGCCAUAGAUGCGUUCGUGUUUUUUAGACGGCUUUAAUAAUGUUCCGGUCGUUUUUCAGCCGAUUUUCGACCGAGCGGUAAUGUAGUAGGUCAGUUUAACGGCCCGUCGUCCACCUAGGUUAAAUUCUGCCUUACAAGAUACUGUCUUAUGAGAUGUUCUAAACAUUCUGAAUAUAGCGCUGUGAUUUGUAUAAAUAUAACGAUUUUCGUGUUGCACGUUAAUAACGGUCUUUAUGAUCGUGUCACGUGAGAAAUGAGAAUCCGUUCAACGUAAUACCGAUGGUUAUCAAACAUUUGUUAUGACGAGUAUAUCGUUAGUUGCAGUCAUAGAGAAUGGGUAUAAAUAUAAAACAUACGAAUUGCAAAUAAAAUGCUUAGUGAAUAUUUCGAUUUCAUUUAUAUGAAAGUAACAUUUUCGCUUACUAUGCGUUUUUUAUUAUCUUAACUACAUUAUCCCGACGUUUCGGUUACUUUGCAGCAACCGUGAUCACGGGAAGACGAGAUGAGAUUCUGUGAGUUUGUCCUGUUAUUUGUCGUCUACCGCCAGAAAAUUCUUAACUUCCUGGUCUUGCGAUCGCGUAGUAUCCGUAAAACUUACUUUCAUUUAAAUGAUUACACGCGAAAAUCUAAGACACCAAUAUAGAUUUCAUACAAAAAUGAAUUGUAGGUAAUAAAUUCUGAACAUAGUUUCAAAAUAUUACAUAAAUAUAUAAUGUAUUCUAGUCUUGAUAUCAUUCCAAUUAAUUAUAGAAAAAAUAUUUGUUUAAUGAUAUACGGAUCAUAAAACUAUUGAUACACGAUAUUAUAAUUCGGGAAGUCAAUUGAUACAUUGCAAAUUAAUAUUUAGUAAUAUUCUGAAUAAAAUAUUUAUUCACAGCUUUUAAAUAUUUAUUAUAUUAUAAUGCGGAUAUCGCUCACCUUAGUUGUAGUCCGUGCAGUCCUCUCUUUUGUUCCAUUGUAAUUAUUAUGUUUUAUUUAUCUUAAUAGAAAUCAGUUGUCUCAGUGUGCGUAAACAUCGCUUGAAUAUCAUAUUCAUAAUACUUUAAUAUUAGCUCCAUAAUCAAUUGCUAUUAAAUUUUCUCUUAUAAAUACUUUGCCAUUAUAACUGUAUGUCCUUGUCUUCCAUUAAAUGCGAUGCUAUGUUUUUUGCUAAUAAUGUUAUCGAAAUGGAAAUUCAUAAUGAUUCAACGACUUGCAGCAAAAAACAGAGCACGCUGUAGAUGUACGAGAGCUCACAGUAUUCAAUAGACAAUAUGAACGGUUGGAACGUGGAGGGUCAGUGUGUAUUAAGGUUUUUCAUACAUAAUGAUCGCGAACAUUUCAAAUUUAUACCGCCAAUGAUCUUUUAAAGGAUGUUUUUUUUUUCAACACGAUUGUUAGAGCUUUCGAAACGUUAUAUUAAAAUGUUAACUUAAAUAAAUUCACCCUAUAUAUAUAUAUAUAUUAGUGUUACGAUAGUUUCUUGUUCAUAUAUGAAUGGAAAACCUACCUAUAUAUUAUAAAGUUCUAAAGACUAACGAGUCACGUUUUGCGAACCUGUAUAAUUUUUUUAUUGACCGAAAUUAAAAUCGGCUCUGAAUCGUUACUUAAGGCGAGCGCACACUAGAUAUGAGAUUUAUAUAAUGAGUAACGGCCGAUAAUACUCUUGAUAGCCCUUCAAUAGUUUAUAUGAAGCCAUCGAUGGAUAAAAUAGUCUAAAACGAUAUAAUUCAAAGGAACCUAGUGUGUACCGAGCCUAGCAUGUGAUACUGUCUCAGGUAGUGUACUUAUAAGGAAACUAAGUCACAACUCGCUAGUCAGUUUCUAGAUAUAGAACAACUAUUUAUUGUACCUACUUAUGAUGCUAAAUAUACUGAUUCUCGCUAAAA